UUUUGUGGAUAAUCGAUAAUCGGUGGCGUAUUUUGGGCGUAUUUUGUGAAACUGUAUUGAAUGUGAUAUUUGCAGCAUGUCCUCCGUCGACACUCCGCAGCCGGAGCACCUGUCCGCGCUCGAGUCGUACUUUGGCCACUCGGGCUUCCGGCCGAUGCAGUGGCGCAUAAUUCGUUCGAUCAUCGAGGAGCGGCGCGAUAACUGCGUCAUCAUGGCUACCGGUUAUGGGAAAUCGCUCACGUACCAGUUCCCGUCGGUGUUCCUGGGACGGUUGACGUUGGUUGUUUCGCCGCUGAUCAGCUUGAUGGAGGACCAGGUUUUGUCGCUGAAUUUGGGAAAUAUCCCGGCGUGCCUGUUGGGGUCGGCGCAGCGGGCAAACCUGGUGCCGGAAAUCCGCGAGGGGAAGUUUCGGGUGGUUUACGUUACGCCGGAGUAUUUGACGGGGGACACGGGUCGGUACUUGCUGGAACAGGUUCUGGAUCAGUUGGUGCUGAUUGCUAUUGACGAGGCGCAUUGUUUGAGCAAGUGGGGACACGACUUUCGGCCGGCUUACAGGAAUUUGGGUGUGGUUCGUCGGAUUUGUCCGCGGGUGCCGAUUCUGGCGGUUACUGCGACGGCCACUCCGAACGUGAGGCAGGACAUUGUGACUAGCUUGGGGUUGCGCGAGCCGCAGGUGCUGUGCACCGGGUUUGAUCGGCCAAACUUGCAGUUUCACGUGCGGAUGAAGAGUUCGCUGGGAUUCUGGGAGGACGUGAAGGGACUGCUCAGCCGGAACACGGAGGGAAGCAUCAUAAUCUACUGUCUGACGCGGAAGCAGACGGAUGAGAUUGUGGACACGUUGAGGAGUUGCAAGGUUCAGUGCGAGGCGUAUCACGCGGGUCUGACAUUGAAGCAACGCAAGGAGGUUCACGAGAGAUUCGUGCGCGAUCGAGUGCAGAUCAUCGUGGCGACGAUCGCCUUCGGAAUGGGCAUCGACAAGCCGGACGUGAGACUUGUGAUUCACUACGGCGCAUCGAAAGAUCUGGAAAGUUACUACCAGGAGGCAGGUCGCGCCGGUCGUGACGGGCAACCGUCAAAGGUUGUCAUGUUCUGGAACCGAGCAGACUUCAAAACUCACGAGUUUCUCCGCGAGAACACUCCGGGUGGUCAGCAGAAGAACCUGGAAGCGCUCUCAAAAAAGAUGCACGAAUAUCUGGACACGCGAGACUGCCGCAGACAGUUCAUCCUAAACUACUUUGAAGGAGACUCGGCCAAACCAACGACCUCCCAGAAAAACUGCUGCGACAACUGCGACCGCACCUCCAGCGGCGUCAAGGACAGCGAACGCUACGAGGGCAUCGACGAGUCCGGGCAGUACGACUUCACCCAGGACACCGAGCAGCUGCUAAAAGCGAUCGACGCGUUUGGCGGUGGAACCGGAAUUGCCCUUCCCAUCGCCCUGCUCCGCGGAUCCAAAGCUAAGAAACUCAACGAAAGCUACCUGCGGAACCCGCUGCACGGAGUUGGGAAGGCCCGCGACGAAGAGUGGUGGAAGGCGUUGGCAGCGCUGCUCGAACGGGAAGGCUUCCUGAACAAGGUCAAGGUGCCGAACACGUUCAACAAGUUUGCCGUGAUCUACAAGGUGCAGAUGACGCCGGCGGCCAAGCGCUGGCUCGAAACGGCCAACCGCAAGCUGAAGAUGAAACCGACGGCGGAGAUGUUCAAGUCGAUUCGAUUGGUUCGCGCCCAACCCCUGUUCGACACCACCAACGGCACUCAAUCAAGCGACUUCCAGCCGAAACCGAAAAUCGCCUCCGCCUCCACCUUCCGGCAACUUCUUCCCAUGCCCAGCAGCAGCAGCAGCUCUCGCCUGCUCCCUGAUCUUAGCGCCCCCUCCAAACAGCAGGACGACCCCGUGCAAGAGCUAAUGAAGACGCUGCUCAAGAAGCGAACCGAGCUGGCCUCGACGUACGAGUGUAUGCCGUACAUGAUCGCGUCCAACCUGGCCCUGCAGCAGCUGGCUACGCUGCGGCCGCAGAACCUCGAAGAGAUGAAGCAGGCCAAGCUGGACGGUUUCUCCGACAUUAAGAUCCACAAGUUUGGGCGGGAGUUGUUAAGCUGCGUCAGGAGGAAGGUUCGGGAGGAGCCGGUUGAAGCAGAGUCGGGAGGUUCGUCGUCGUCUUCGAUGUCUUCGCUUCAGCGAGCGCUGCUCGAGCAUCCGCUGGCCAAGACCAAGUUCUCGUCCACCUUCCAGACCACGUGGAACAUGUGGCAGGAGGGUCGCUCGCUGGCGGACAUCGCCAAGGUACGGGGACUGGCCGAGGGAACGCUCACCGGCCAUCUGUGCGAAGCGAUCAAGCACGGCUUCCCGUUCGAUUGGCGCCAGCUGCGAAUGGACAUCGAUCGGGACCUGUACGGGCACAUCAAAUCGAACCUGCCGGAAUGCCUCGACGGAGUCAAGCUGACGGACGUGAAGAACGCCUGCAUGCCGAACGUAACCUUCGAUCAGAUCAAGCUCGUGCUGAACCACGUGCACGUGCGGCAACAUCUGCGUGCGCUGAAUGUGCCCUUCGAUGACCCGGACGGGGAGUUCAAGCCGAAAGCGCAAGUUGCGACCAAACCCGAACCAGCUUCCGAAGAUCUCUGGGGUGACGACGACGGCGACGAAGUCGCGGAGAGCAGCUUCGCAGAGAUUGACCGCAUCUGCGAGGAGCAGCAACACCAGAAGCAGGACAUUUCAACCGUGACCAUCGAAGACGAUGACGGGGACUUUGAUUUGGACGAGAUUGCCGCCCUGGAGCGGGCCGUCAUCAAUGAUGUUUCGAUGAGGGGGGUGGUGGCGGAACCGAAGCGGGUCGCGUAUGAAGAAGAGGAAGUGGACGAAAUUAAGCCUAGUCCGGCGAAGAAGGCCAAAGUGGAGCAGGCAGCAACGACCACCGGAGGGAACAUCUUCCGGUUUAAAACCGCGAGCAGCAGCAACUCGGCUGCGGUGACCAGGAAGCCAAACAAGCGGAUUAUGUACGACGACGAUGAUGAGGACAGUGAGGAGGAGCGGAAAAGGGCGGCGACGAGUCUGGUUCCGCUGAGAAGGGCUAAAGUGUGAAGAGGGGACGUUGUUUUACUGCUUGUUUCAUGAGAGCUGAAGAAAUGUUUGUUUUGCGUCUCGAAAUUAUUAGUUGAUUUAUUCCAUUUUGAGUACAAUAAAAACUGUUCCUUUAUCAAC